GGGGGCGGGGCCUGAGGCUGGGCGGGGGGCCGGCGGCGCUCGCGCUGCGGCCCGGCUGCGGCAGCGGCGGCGGAGGAGCGGGGCCCGGCCCGGUUCCGUCCGGUUCCGUCCGGCCCAGCCCGGCCCGGCGCCCCCCUCAGGCUCCCGCCAUGGCGCUGCUGCGGGCGGCCGCGCUGCCCGCGGAGGGGUCUCCGGCCUGGCUGCCCACCCACGUUCAGGUGACCGUGGUGCGGGCCCGCGGGCUGCGGUGCAAGGGCGGCGGCAAGGCGGGCACCAGCGACGCCUACACCAUCAUCCAGCUGGGCCGCGAGAAGUACAGCACCUCCGUGGUGGAGAAAAGCACCGGCGACCCCGAAUGGCAGGAGGAGUGUGCCUUCGAGCUGCCCCCCGAGCUGGGCACCCCGGCGGGCCUGGCCCGCGGCGGGCUGGUGCUCACCGUCAUGCACCGGGCCCUGGUGGGCAUGGACCGCUUCCUGGGCCAGGCCGUGGUGCCCCUGGAGUCCGGCCUGCAGCAGGGCCGCACGCCCGACCAGCGGUGGCACAAGCUACACUCCAAGGCUGGGAAGAAGGAGAAGGAGCGUGGCGAGAUCCUGGUGAGCAUCCAGUUUACGCGCAACAACCUCACGGCCAGCAUGUUUGACCUCUCCAUGAAGGACAAGCCGCGGUCGCCCUUUGGCAAGCUGAAGGACAAGGUGAAAGGCAAGAAGAAAUAUGACUUGGAGUCGGCCUCUGCCAUCAUCCCCAGCAGCAUGGGUGCCCUCGACAUGGAGGAUGACUACGACAUUGGGGGUAAGAAGUCCAAAGUCAAGGGCUUCUUUCUGAAGAACAAGCUGCGCAAGUCAUCCCUGACGCAAUCCAACACCUCCCUGGGAUCCGACAGCACCAUCUCUUCUGCCAGCCUGGGCUUGGCUGCAAAUGUUCCCGAGGUAACCAAAUCCCCGAGCAGACACAGCAGUCUGUCCACGGAGCGCUCUGUGAAAGACUACUUGCCGUCUCCAAAGCUGACCCACAAGAGAGCAUUCAGUGAUGAUGUCUCCCAAGUCAGCCCGGUCCUGGAGCCUAAAGCAAUCCAAAAUCUGAAGCCAAAGAACGAUCCCGUGUCUCGGUCUUCCCUCUGCAUCAACGGGAGCCACGUUUACAGUGACGAGCCUGCACCAAAGAGCCCCAUGUCUGUCCCGCAGAGCUCUGCGCCGCUGUCCGUGCCCAGCAACCCCAGACGGCAGGAGGAGGGCUUCGGCUUCACUCCCCUCCAUCCCGACUCCCACGAGGUGCCUUGGGUGCUCAGCAACUCUGAGAGGACACAGCAGAGAGACGAGCCCAGGUUCAUCCCGUCUCCUCCCAGCUUAGCCUUGCAAGAAGAGCUCAAGGUCUCCACGAAAGCUGUCACUCUUAGUAACCAUUUGGGCAGAGCUAAGAUGGAAGAAAACAGUCGCUUAGAGAACAAGCCGACUCAAGCUGCAACACCCAUGGUCUUCUCCGCGGAGCUGACGAAGGACAAACCGCCCGAGGAAAUGAAGAAGGAAGACAAGAAAGCAAAGGGCGGCCUCUUCCACCACGGGGGCAACAAGAGUGACGUGGGGAACAAAGACCAUGGGGAGAAAGUCCACGCAGUGGCAGGGGGAGAGGAAAGGAAUAAAACCAGCGGCUGGUUCAGUUCGAAGGAGACCAGAGAGUCCCCUCAGAAACCCAGUUUCCCGUCUGGGCCACAUGCUUCAACAGAGGUCGCUGGGAACUUUUAUUCCUCUGAGGAUUGCAGUCCCUCUGCCUCCCUAGGACAUAAAGACUCAGAGAGGGAGUCUCCAGCCAAAAGCGUUUGUGUCCCUGUUCCAGAAACUACUCCCCCAUCACAAGGAGACCUUCCUCCGGAUGAGAAACCUGCUGUCCCUCCUCCCCUCUCAGAGUGGGACGAUACCUUCGAUGCCUUUGCAACCAGCAGGCUCAAACCAGAACCGAAGAAGGAAAACUUCUUUGCUUCGGUGGCGGCAGAGGACAUGGCUUUCAUCGACGAUCCCGAUGCUGCCAGCCCAACGGAAAGAUCAGCCCAGCCAGCUCAGGAGAAGGGGACAAAGGUGUUUGAAAAGGCCGAUUCACAAAUCGGCAGUGAAAUGCCUGCAGCUCUACGGUCUUGGACAAAUUUCUCCAGUUUAGACGUGGGGGCAAACCUGGUGAGCACAACCCAGGAAGCGACAGUGAUAGAGGAUGUGCUGAGCCCUGUGUCUGCAGGGUCGAUGGGAAGGAGGAGGAAAAGCAGCACGCCUACAGUCUGGACAGCCGCGUUUGCAUUGGGAAAUCCAGGGGAAAAAGAGGCUUCAACACCACUAACUGCUGAAAAUAGUGCUAGGGAGGCAGGGGACAGUAAUGAGGAGGAACCCUCUAGUUCAGGGACAAACGGAUGGAUGACCAUAGCCACCGAAACCGCUCCUGACCUGUCAGAGAGUGCCCGAAGUGUGGCUGAGCAGGAGGGCGUGGGUCAGGAGAGCGCGUUCAGCCCGCAGCCAGCCUUCCUCAGCGAAGGCACCUUCGAAGCGAAGAGCGGAUCUCGUGCCGCCGCUUGCGUGUUGCCCAGAAGCACCUUCACCCCCGAAUCCAUCUCCGAAACCCUGCCAGGCAGCAACGUGGCGGCCGUGCCCCCGCGGGUGCUCGCAGAUGUGGCAGCACGACAGUUCCCUGUGGCCCCCGAGCCAGCGAUGGAGCCCCAGGGUGCUGCUAGCAAGGAGGACGCGUUCGACAUACGGACUUCAGUCUACCGGCUCCAGGCUAGCAUGCGGCUUGAGGCCAGUGAAAGCCGUGUAAAACUCAGCUCCGACAUUCGUGAGAGGCACGUGGUCCUCUCUCCGUGGACGGGUACUCAAGAAAGGGAGGAGAUGGCGGCCAGCUUGGCCGCGCCGCCCCCCAAACCUCCAAGGCGGUUUGCAGCCGCAGGCGGCGGAGGGGACAGCGAGGAGGAGGGUGCUAGCGACCCGCAGCCAGGCAGCGAGGAGCAACGGGAAGACAUAGAAGGCCCGAAGGCAGAUAUGGAGCUGCCGAGGAGCAGUCUGAGCAGUGAGCCCUCUGUCCCGGCGUCUCCCAUCCCGCCUGCACUGGGAGCGGACGUAGCUGAAGCUGGGAGUGAGUUCCUGGUCUCUGAGGAUGCCAAAGCUGCCGCUGCAGACUCAGCAGCUAAUUUGGAGGCGAGAGCUAGCGAUCUGGCAAAAGGGGACACCUCUCUGGGGGAAGACUGGUCAGAGAUGAGAGAGACUGAUGCAGCUGAGCAGUUUGAGACUUGCCCAUCGAAGUUCUCCCAGGAUGGAUUAGGCCAGUCGGGUGCCAAGGAGAGCUCGACCCAGCCAGGUUUAUUUCCUCCGAUGGGGGCUGCAGAUGGUGCCAAGUGGGAGAUGGCCUCCAAACAGGAGCCAUUCCCUGAGGAGCUCAGUAUGUCGGGACUAAACCCACCUUCCAAGCUAGACAUGGGCCAGCCGGAAAUCUUCUGGACGGCUCUGGAAGAGCAGGAGGCAGCCAGUCACCUCGCGGGUCUUGGCUCAGCGGCACGACCCCAAAGUCCCCACCCAGUGAAACCCAUCAGCGCUGUGGUGCAAGAGGUCUCCAGCGAGAAGAAGCAGCAGCACAGGUCCAGCCUGACGACCGCUCUGAGCAACGGCCUGGAGAAGCUGAAGACGGUCACCACGAGCAGCGUCCAGCCUGUGGCCCCAUCCUCUCACCCGGAGAAAACGGACGCGAAGAAGUUAAAGGAUCCCACCACAGUGGACCAGUCAGCCAAGUAUUAUCACUUGACCCAUGAUGAACUCACCCAGCUCCUCCUGCAGAGAGAGAAGGAGCUGAGCAAGAAGGAGGAGUACAUCCAUGAACUGGAGAACUACAUUGACCAGCUGCUGGUGCGCAUCAUGGAACAGUCUCCCACACUCCUCCAGAUCCCGCUGGGGGAAAGCAAGACCAAGUAACCUCUCCGCAGAGACCAGCAUCACUCGCCUAGAGCACUUCUCCAAUAAACACGCUGCAAACAUCCCUGCACUCCCCCUUCCUCUUACAAGAGGGCUCCAGUGGCUUCUGUUCGCAGAGUUUAGCAGGAAAGGUUAUCUGCUCCUCCCCAGCCCAAGCUUAUCCCAGCUCUGGCUCCAGGGAGCUAUAGGGUGGGAGGCUGUCCUCUACCCUAUGGGGAGGAGCAGAGCCCUCCACGCAAGGCAGAUGCCUCCUUAGGUCCCUGUCAUUACAACCAAGUGGCCUCUUCUUGGGCACUCAUCCUGCCAGUGCUAUAAGUGGUCCAUGGACAUCUGAGGGCUGGAAACCAACCACCUCGCCCAUGUCUUCAUCCUGCUACUGCUGCUCUUCGGCCCAUGCUCUUCCACAUCUCUCUUCUCUGAAGCGGUGUACCCUGGCUGACGGAUGGUGUUAAAUCAGUUGAUGACAUCGGGGGUGCUUAAACUCAGGAAGGGUCAACCAGCACGUUACUGUCCGCUGAGCCUGCUCGGCAGGGCAGCAAGGGGAAGGGGCUGCUGUCGGGUGCCUCUUUCCCUUCCUGCCCCAUGUGCUGUACCCCCAAAUGAAAGGUUUCCAUCUGAAGAGCCAGCUCCAAGUUGUGCCAGUACCUGACCGUAUGGGAGAUGGUACACAAAGCGGCGGCGCCGGAGAUGGAGGCUGUAAAGGACUCAGGCCGCCGUUGCUGCCUGACUGCGAGCGGUGUCGAUUCCAUCGCCGUGUGCGUGCAGAGUCUUGACGCUGCCUCAGUUACCCAGCUCAGAACUGGACUUGCAAUAUGGGAGAAGGGCCAGUGACUGUUUGCGUGCCAUCUGUACUGCAGGAGAUCUUCCUGCACACCACCCAACCCAUCACUGGGCUGCCAGCGUGCCCUGGGUGGGGUUCCCGUAUGUAUAAACCACGGCUGAAUUUUCUACAGGAAUCGCUUUCCACUGGCUGCCCCCCACCAUUGACUUUGCAUCGUCUUUCUCCAUGCAAUGGGAAAAUGCCAUUGGGACCGAAGCUCGUGUGCGGAGAAGGAUGUCUGACCGCCCGGCCACCUCUAUGCAUGACGUCCUGCUGGGUCAGGCAUCCGUCAAACGCUCUCUGUCAAAGCUAGCAACUCAGUAAUGGUCACAAACCCAUUCGAGCCAGUAUUAGUACCCAGCACCGCUUGAACUGUAUCGCAUCUACACACCGGCGUCAGGUCUCUGGCGGCGGGGGCCCACCCUUAGGCGUCGUAGGCCAGCUCUCAGAGCUGAAUGCUUCUUGCUGCUAACUGCAGAGUAACCGUCUAAAGGCCUCUGAUUUACGCGGUUUAACAACCGUAGAUGAUGUUAGCCUGAGGCUGGUGAGCGAUGCUCCUGGCCGCAGCGGAGUACAGCGCAGCUUUUGAUUUGGAGAUGCUGUGGAAGGGUAUAGAUAGGAUGUUGCUCCCUCUCAUUCUGCCAGGUUUUUGGCUGGAGAAGGCGCCCGUGCAGGCAGAGGGUCGGUUGGCACAGGACUUGAGCUGUCUUGACAUGUAAGGCAUCUUCUCUCUCCUGUACAUCUCCCAGAGUUACUGGAUUCUUUUAAAACCUUCCUGUUGUUUUUACUCAUGUUGUUUUUACCUCACUUGCUUCAGUUUAUACCAUGACUUUAAAAAAUCGUGCCUUUUGCAAUAGAACAAUAGCAGUUUCCUACCAAAAAAGGCUCCGAAAUCCAGUUCUCAGUUCAGCGCAACCCAUCUUGGGCGGCUUUCUCUUCUGUUUUUACCUGCUAAUCCAAACUACGUGAGUUGAGUUUUAAAUGCAGACAGCAGAGCCUUCCCAUCCCUGUGUGCAGGUUGCUUUUGGUCUGUGGCAGGAGCGCUGCACGGGCAGCUCGCGAGACGUGGGAGGGAGCGAUAUUAGGAGAUGACACAGGGGGAGAGCAGGCCAAACGCUCCAGGGCAAAAUACAGCUGGAUAAAGACAGUUUUGGGUCACGCUGGAAGUCUGAGGUUGGAGAAGUAGGCUGUUGGACUAAGAGGUAUCGGUUAAGAGGAGAUUUGGUGUUGCUGUCAUUGACAAUGUUUGGUCAUAUCGAGCCUGUAGACCAUCGUAGGAGAAGGAUUUGUUACCUGGGACGAGAGCAGCUACCAGCCUUUAGUUCCUACCUGCCUUUGCCCCAGGUAGGGAGUAGUCUGGGGUUUCGCCCUUCUCCACCUGCGCCUUCAUGUUCCUCCUCCCUCUGUAUGUCUCACGUGUGGAGACUUUGUUUCUAGUGUAGGAUGUGAGGGUCUGAGGGAAGGGGGUUCUUUCUCCUUAUAGAAAAGUACCAGAAACCUCUCCCUGCCUCCCUGCCUGUAUAAUCAAAAGAUCCUGUGGCCUGAGAGCUGGGUUCCCUUUCUGGGUGGAUAUCUGUCAUGGGGAAGCCCUCCCUUUUAUCUGAAAGCGGGCAGGGAGGAGUUGUGGACAGCUAGAAAGCAGUCCAGCAGCCGAAGAGCAGGGCUGACUGGCAGGGAUGCUGGGCCGGGAUGCUGAGCGGUGAAGGCUUGCGUCAGGUGGGCAUCAGCAAGGGGGAAGCGUAGAGCCGAAACCUCACACCGGCUCUCCGCUCCCUCAGAAAUAGCUGGGAUUUCUCCCCCGUCAGAGAUCGGCGUUGUAGGUGCUCCCCACACACAAGUGCCAAUGUUUUUAAGGAGCUUGCUGCACCUCCUCGCUGCCUCCUCGCCCUCCUCUUCCAUCGCAUUUCACCGCUUCCCUCAUCCCCGCUCUGCCUUAGACAGCUCCGCCUUAUUUUUUUUCCCCCUCUCCAAAGCUUGAGUGUUUCGCACUUUAUAUAUUCAAGUUAAUCUCAGAGCUACGGCAGGCCGUAUCGGGUGUACGGCCUUUUCAGCAAUACGUGCUUCCUCCCGUGACCUGCCUCCGUCGCAGCGCAGCGACACGGACCCUGAACCCGCAGGAGCCCGCGCCGUCUCGGAGGAGGCUGGAGCAAGCAGGGCUAAAACGCUUUUUUGCCUUGACUUUGUGAUAACAGAACAUCUCCCAAGGCCGAGGCGGGGGUACGGCGCGGGCACCUUGGUGUCGCCCAUGAGAUGGGCGGCUACGGAAAAAACCAAGCGGUGACGACAGCCCUGAUGUUUCGUGUCUGUCUUUGAGCGUUUAGAAGUCCGUAGGUAUCUACAAAUGAGGACUUGUGCUUAGGAAAAGGCAUCUUAAAGAUGCUCGUCUUGGUUCUCUGUUUCUCCACUCCGCCGUCCUGCAAAUGUGUUUUUUUUUUUUCCCUCACCACACAGUUUUUAUUCUCUGCGUUAGGCAAGUAAGCUUGGCUGCACCACGCAACAGCACCGAAGCCAGAGUCUGUAGAAUUUUUUUCAUUAAAACCUCGAAGUUACCAGUGGGAAAUGGCUUUGAGGUCCUAGAUGUUUUCUUGUGGAUGCAGGGGAAUGAGAAAAAGAAGCGGGGGAAAAUACUCUCAAGUCGCUCGUGUCCCAGAGCUCCGUAUUUAGAGAUUUAUUUGCAGAAACCGGGAGGCGAGCAGCCCUUCUGGUCUGUCGGGGUCUGUCGCUCUUCACCGAACCAAGCGGACGAAAGGGUUUUGAUGGGCCAGCAGCGGCUUUUUUCACUGGUUCCAUUUUAAACACGGCCGUAACAACCACUCUGUAUUUUUGCCUCCUGGUCUGUCUUUCUCUUUCCGCACUCAAGCUGUUUCACAAGGUCUUCCGCAGGGUGCUGGUGCUCGCAGCUGUGCUCUGCUUUUGUUGUCGGCCCACGCCUGGGUUUCUUGCUUUUUAAAGAACUCUGGCCAAGUGAUUUAUUUUAGCCUUGACCGGCCCUUCUGGCCCAGAGUCAUGGGCCAGAAGAACCGCCAAGGUAUAUCCUUAAACUGGAACAAACCUGAAGGGAUGUGGAUACUGGAUGAAGUGUCACGAAGACUCAGCCUUACGACUUGUCUGUGAAGAAACCGCCGUGUGUUUUGUGUUACAAACGUGGGGUGUAAAAAAAAAAAACAAACCACCCCAAAAUGGGAGAGGGUAAGGGUCGGGGUCUUCAGAGUUGUUGGUUUCCCUGUACUUCAUGUACGCAGGAAGUGGGUUCUGUGUGUUUCAUGUUUUAAUAGUUGCAACUAAUGUUUAUAAAGAGCUUGUUAUUUACGUUUUAAGCACUUUAAAAAAAAAAAUAAAAGUUGUUCAAGCUGUUCCUA